UAGCAUACUCUGUAGGGCGGCAGUAUGCGGAAGCCGGAGUACAGAGCACGGAAACACGUCUUGGACAGCUUCUGAUAGCCGUAGCAAGCUGUAUAUUAUUCUGAAUAAUGUGAGCUAGGCAAAAAACAGUGAUAUGCUGAUUUAUGGCACUGCUUUGUAAAUGUGCAGCUUUACAGUGUGUUCACCGGAUAUGAGGGACGUUUGGCUUCCUGGCGGGUGACUUGAAACUGACGCUGAGAGCAUGUCUGCACUGGAUGAAGCGAUAAAAGUGUGCAGAGCAGAGGAGCUAAAACUCACAGGAACCACCCGACAAUAUGAAGCCAUUUUACUCUCCAUGAAAACUCGUGUGAAAGACAGCAGUGAAGCAGGAACACUGACCAGAGUGAAAGAUAAUGACAUUCCUCUGAAAGAGAGACAAGAGGUUGAGCUCCUAGAACAUGUUCUGAAAAAGGCUUUGAAAAUCCGCAGCAGCUCUGCAGUUGAUUUGAAUUAUCAAGAAAAAUCACGUUCAAGUGGCAGCGCUAGUAAAGCUCCUGCUGUUAAAGAUGGUGAUAAAAGAAACCAACAAAAAUCAUCAUUGUCUUCUUCUGAGGUGAAAGGAAACCGUCAGCAUGCAGGACAAUUAAAAAGCACUGCUGGCCAUGGAGCUGUUGCUACACGCCAGGUUCUGGACAAGACAGGGCCAUCAUCUCGGCCCACCAUCAAGGGGAAGCAGUUGGCUAUGAAACCUUUUUCGACACAAAAAACUACAGGAGUCGGUGUCCAAAUAAAGCCCUGUCAGAUAACUAGUUGUUCCCUAGAAUCAGACAGAGGAGUGAUGAGCGUCGGUUUAUCUUCUUCAGAAGAGAGGACAUCUCGUUCAGAUCAGGAGUUAAAAACGCAAAGUGAAGCAUCGGCUCCUAAAGAGCAAUGGGUGCCCUCUCCUUCCUUACCAUUAUGGCAGGCACAGCAGGCCAAAAAGAGCAAACUGUGGAAUAAAGUUUUGACCAGACAUUCUAAGCCUGUACCAGAGAGGGACCACUUUAAGAAGAGACUUAUAAGUACUUUUCCCACAGAAUGGGCUUCUGUCCACAUAGCAGCCAUGGAAGCAAAGCUAGAUGUCCUUACGCAGCUAGGCCUGGACCUGACUCACUGCUAUAAUGCCGAGCUCCACAGCCACCAACUGGGAUUGAGUCCAGAUCCAUCAACAGAGAAGGAAUAUGAAUCUCUGCUAAUGCUGGCAGGCCUGGAAAAAAUGAUGGUCCAGGUCAUUAAGGAAGCUGAUCACCUCAAAAAAGGUUGGGAGAGGAAGAUGGCAUGGUGGCACGGCGCGUUAUGUCCAUUGCGCAGCAGGGUUGAGUGGCACAACUCGGAGCAACCCUGCCUGCCCCCCAUGCUGGGCUAUAGCGGCAAAGACGAGCUAGAAGCUGUACACAGUCUGAGACUACAUGUAGCUCAGCUGAAGCUGGAGAUCCACAUGCACCAGGCCAUGUGUGAUACACUCAUAGAUCUGAUCUCCUGUGAGUCCUCUGCAUCUGGGCGCCCCAGUGCUACUGUACUACGUGGUGUGUAUUCGCUCCUGGGAGAGGGAGGUGCUCAAUUUCCCAGCCUGGUUUUGGACAUUGAUGCAGCUCAAACGUGAAGAAAGAUAACAUUAAUUUUCCUAAAGUGGGCAAAGUGUUGAAACUGAACUGAUUUAGGCCCCUGGGUACUGUUUGGAUACCGUGCUCCUAAACCAGAUAUGAACAGAUUUUUUUUGUGUUCGACAGAUGUUUGCUCAAAUGCCUCUUAUCUCCUGGGUUAAAUACUAGCAGCCAAGAUCCUGCAGCUGCUCGGAUGUAGCAGGAAUAAAGCUGCCAGCUGCCAAUAACGGCUGUCUUUCUUCUACUUACCGCCAUUUUAAAUCACCGCACUGCAGGAGUUGAUUUGGAGGCUCAUCAGCAGCUUUUACAUUUCAGGCAUUUAUAUCACAAAGAUUGGUAGUAUAAAUGUUGUGGGUUAUGUCUCAUGAGUCAUGUUUUGCUGAGCUUUUACCAGCAGAGAGCACCAUGUUACAAAUUAGUUUGAAGAUAAGGUUGAGCUGUGCCUGCCCUCCUGAUUUGUACCUCUUGCUAUGACAUAGAUUUUACAAAUGAAGAGCUUGUUAAAUAGCUUAUACGUUAAGUUGUGUGUGUUAAGAGCAAGGAAAGCACCAAAACGUGCGUCAAGGGAAGCUCGAGCACCUGGAGUGAGGGCUGCUGGAUAAUACCCGAAAUGGUUGUGAUGAUUUAUCACAAUUUUGCAAUGAAUUUAGGAACAAAUUGAUUUUAUUUUACUUUAGCAUUUUAAAUCACCAGAGGGCAGUCUCUGUACUUUAUAAUCCUAUAUCCUCUCAAGUGUGUAAACCUUUUAUUUAAAAAUGAUAAUGUUUCUAAACACAAUCAGACUAUAAAUAAAUAUCUGCCAUCUGAGUGCUCUUAGGACUCUUGACUGCAUAGGUGAAUGAAUGAUUUUUCCUCUUUGUCAAUCAUGAAACAUUAUACAGUACAGUAUAUGCUGUUUCCAUCUCACUCAGAUAAAUUCUCUGUUUUUGAUCACUGAAGCCCAUUUUUAAUUUUGCUGUGAACCUAAAGAUAUUGUUCUUACAUACCCAGAGAAUUUGUCAAAUGUAUUUUAGGAGCUCUUAAGAACUUGCUUACAGGCCAUACACAAACAUUUAUGAACACCAAUGUGGACUUUAUAAAAAUAGGCAUCACGUAUACAAUUAGGUGCAAGAUCUUUCAUCUCCCAUUGUCUUUGAAUAGGGGCCUGAUUUAAUAAAGGCAUUAUAAGAUUUCUAACAGACAUGUCCAUAAGAAUGGGCAACAUUUGGAAACAAAUUUGGCAAAGUACAAAUACUAGCUGGUCAUUUAAAUAAAAUGCUACCAAAAAUGAAUUGCUAAAUGAAUACAUAAGGAUAAUGUAUAAUCACAAUCCAGGUUUAGACACUGACAGGUUAUUUUUGUGAAGUCUGCUCUGUGAUGUUGUUUGGACAGUGUAAUGGGAGUGAGGUUAGCAGAGUAAUGUUGUGUAGUAAUUAUGUUUUGUGGGAGUCUCAGCAGCCGAGUCACUCUUAAAGAAGAACUAUUGAAGGUUUUUCUCAAUGAUCUAAUCCUGCAUUUAGUGCACCGCAGAAGGUCUGUGUUCAGACUAAUCAUGCAUGUGUAUGGCACACUGAACCAAUCUUUAAAUGUUUCCUUGGUUACAAAGGAGACAUGAAUGGCAUUUUUUAUGCACUGUUGUAUGUCUACUACAUAACGCUUAUGCACUGCGUAGUUUUAACAUGCUGCCAGCUCAACAGCGUGACUCAUCUUGCUCUUUGCAAUACAAUGAAAGUCUGAUUUGUCAUCAUUGUGGAGUGUACACAAUGUGAUCAAUGCUGUACAUGGCUUUAAUGAGGACUUGUAAGAGCCUUUAUUUAUGCCAGACUCCUGUAGGUGAAAGUGAGAUCCUGGCCAUGUAGGCUGAUCCAGACGGGGGGACAGGUGGCGCUGGUGGGAGCCUCCUCCAACCCCCACACACUCCCCCGUUCUCAGUGACUCACCAAGAAAAGGGGGAAACCAAAAGAGAGCACAACAAAGUGGACAAACAACAGAUGAGACACCCACCCCGCAGGCAUGAGCUCACUCACUUUUAAACCGCCAUGCUCAUCCUUAUAUCAUCAAUCCACUGAUCUGAUUUAAAAUCAAGGAAAGAUAGGGUAGGUAUCUACAGGUAUGGCCUGUAAUUCCAUGCAAUCAUAAAACAAGGUGGUGAUACUGUUUAACAGUGUAAUUUCAAGUGAUAUUUUGUAAAGCCUCCAGCCAACGUCUAUAAUGUGUCUCAAAGGCAUAAAUGAGUGUUUGACACAUAGCUUUCUCACUGGUUAUGAUCAUUGCUUCUUGGUUCACAUACUCAGGACUGACAGAUUUCCCUAACCCUUACAUUCUAAUUUGUCACAAUAAUCCAUUCAGGACAUUUUACUAUACAUUAAACUAUACUGCUUAACAUGUCCUUGGUGAUAUUCUGUGAAGAACAUUUUUUAAAAUGUAAGUUUUAAAAUAAUUAAUUUGUACAUUUGAAACAAUAAGGUGAAUUUAAUUCUUGUCACAUUACCUAUAGCUCUGCUUUGUACUUUCAUCUGUGCGUAUACACACCUGCUCUCAGGAGGAUCCCCAGAUUAAAAAAAUUUGUACACAUACGCAUAAAUAUUAUUUAUCUUGCUACUAAUUAUGAUGAAUAUAAAAUAUAUUGGAUAUGGAUGACCCGAUCAAAGCAUACUUUGACUGGCUAUUUUCAGAUAUGUGAAGUCAAAUCUCAACUCUCUUUAGCUUAACUUCUUACAUCCAGCUCAGUCUUGUACAAGUUCAGCCCACUUUUAAGAGACUUACAGUCUCUGUUAAUGAAUCCAUACUGCAGUGGCAUAAACAUAUAGGUAUAAACUUGGGUAAUAGGGGACUUUGUUUAUUUUUUGCUCUAGCAGAGCAGGUAAACAUUGCUAUUGCUUAUCCUUAGUAGUGUAACCAUGUGAUAAAUCAGGAUGAACGAAAUGUCACAGAGGGGGUGGGGCAAGACACAAAGAGGAAGUUCUCUCAUUGGAAGGAAGCAGGAUAAGAAUAUGUUGUAAAUAAACCAGGUCUUUGAAGGACUUUGGAAGGAGAUGGUGUGGAACCUGAUAGCAUUGACAGAAAUAUAGAUUCCCAAUACUGUAGCAAUUUGGAGGCAUGAACUAAAGGUGCUCCUGGAUAUCACACUGUGGAGAGGUUGGGUAGAAUGUUCUCCAAAACUGCUAAUGUCCUCUUUUCUGUCACUACUACAAGUGCUGGCCUCCCUGAACUGUUAGAUGCGGUGCUUGGCAUCCCCUGUGUGAUGCUGCUUCCCCAGCAGACCACAGCAUAGACAUGAACUUUGGCCAUAAUAGGUGGAUGGAAAGACCUGAAAGACACUGAAAGCCCCGAACCACUUAGAAAGAAGAAUGUGCUUUGCUCUGGCUUUCCUCUGUAGAGCAUCUGUGUUGUCUUUCCACUCCAGUCUAUUGUUCAGGUAGACUGCCUGGAACUUGAGGCACUGCAUUAUCACAGCUGGAUGGUGAUUGGCUUAAAACAGCUCUCCAACACAGCAAAGUUCAUUUGUCUUGUUGAUGUUCAGUUGCAAGUUUAAUUGUUUCCCUGAACCAUAUGACACCAAAAUCCUGCUCCCAGAUCCAUCUCUAUUGUAAAUGCACACUACAAUGAUGGAGUCAUCCGAGAACUUCUGUGGGCAACAUGAGCUGGCAUUGUACUGGAAGUCUAAUGUAAACAGUAAAGAGAAGGAGAGACAGGAUCAUUCCCUGGGAACUGCUUACCACAGCAAGUGGAUCAGAGCAUCUCCACAUCUGUGUGUAACUGGGAAGCCAACUGUACUGGGUUCCAUGGUCCAGGAAUGGAGCUGUUUGAGUACCAGCCUCUCAAAUGUCUUCAUGAUACUGUCCCACUUUUAUACUCUUUUAAAGUGGGGGGAAAUUCUACAAUUCUUAAGAUCUAAAAUGACAUAUGGUGACAUUCAAACUUUCCAAUAACAGUGCUGAUGUCCAUAUAAGGGUCACUAAAGACUAGUUAGCUUGGUAUUUUGUUGAGUAAAUAAAACCAUUAAAGGAAAUCUUCCAACACUUAGUCUUAUAAAACCUAACUCAGGAUUGGGCAUAAAAAAAAGUUGUUCAGCUUGUUCCCCUUGCAUGCAAUUGCCAUGCAGUCUGGGUCACUGGGCCAUCCAUUGCUAAAUAGUGUACAUUUCAAGCUUAAACAUGUCACUUAUGUGCCACUUAUAAUCCUGAUUAAACAUGAAGGUCUAUUAGAAAAGCUUUGUUAGUUCAUGGAAAAGGAUGGUCAGAACAGGAAAAGUGCCCUGAUGUCACCAUUCAGAGGAAAAAUACAGGGUGGUUUUUUUUUCUCUCUUGUUCACUGGUCAGACUGCAGAACAGCUUCCAAUUCUUUGUCACCAUUUUUGGUCCUGUCCUGCUGCCGUGUGUAAAUACACGUCCCCUGAGACAAUUGGUGGUAGCCGUUAACAUUAAAAGAGGCUUAAAGGAAUAGUUCACCCACGUAAUGCUAAAAUCAAUAAAAAUAGAUGUAGUCAUGUUAACUGCUUCCUAAUAGUUAAUUGUUAACCAUAUUAGCAUAUUUAGGAGCCUCUUUAAUUUAAAACAACAGCUAUGCAAAGUGGAAGAGCUGCAACUGAAGGGCACACUGAUACUCCAUUAUUAUUUAUUAUUUUCCAUCUGUGCCCUUACCAACAGUACACUUGCCCUGUAUGUGCGGUAUGCCACCACAUAUUGUCCACCUAUAUCUCUAUUUCUGUGAUUCCACUUUAUGCUCUGGAUAUGCUGGCAUGUGAAGUUAAAGCUGCCAGUGUGAGUCAUCACAGUCAUCAAUUAUGGUGUUUGUGCUCAUCAUUCAGUUUGCCCCUCUGUCCCUGGCAGUCUGGCAGCUAAGGAUCCCUCGCUCUCACCGCUGCGGCCCGCGUUCGAGUCCCGGGCAUCCAGCGUAAAACUUGUGCCAAAUCAAACAUGCGGAUAAAUGAUCCGCUGUGGCAACCCCUAACGGGAGCAGCCGAAAGAAGAUAAAGAACAAAAACAUUCAGUUUGCCUCUACUUGGUUAGCCCUGUAGUGGAGACCCUGUAUGGAACCACUUAUCAAAAAGAGCGGGUGAAUUGCAGUCUCCUCAUCCUGUUGUAGUUUAGCUUUGCUCUAAAUAUUAGUGUCUCGAGGGGUAAACAGUAUAUUCCGGUUGCGUGCAGGGUAACACACUGUGACACAAUGAACGGUGUUCAAUUGCUUUUAUUUCUGGAAGAUGUUUUAGCCUUUUGGCUCAUUUGAGUGUGUUUAACUUUAUUAAAGCAGCUCCUGUUACUGAGAGUCCUUUUGCGUCUGAUGGUCUGAUGGAUUCUUUUCUGAACUUCAAUUAUCUCGUAGUAUCAGUCAAAAGUCUAGACGCAUUGGAAUAAUGACCCUUAAAUAGGAUGCACUUUGCAUUGUUAUUUGUUUUUGUCUAUGUUUAAAACGUAUUUUUGCCUCAACUUUUUCAUUUAUGCUUUCUCUCGUGGGUUUCAGUAACCAUAUCGUAACAUUCAUGUCAAUGCUAGUCUAGAUGUGACCUUUGAAUUAAAUAUCAAAUAUAGAGAACUAUAAUUGCCUGACAUGGCAAGCUUCGCUAUCACGACUUCUCUCUCUCUAAUCUCUUGCUCUCUCGUCAAUCCCUUAGCUGUGAUUUGUGUCUCUGAAUAGAUUUUCUCCUCUCUGGGGGUUAAAAACCCCCUCAGUAUCCAGAUUGGGUAGAAACUCCACAUGGAUGACCAUACGAAGCUGUUUUUCCCAAGCAUUUGGCAACCUGCCUUUGUGUGCUGCUGCGUGGGUGGGUGAGGGUGUGUGGGCACACACAGGCGUGUGUGUUUGUGUGUGUGUGUGUGUGUGUGUGUGUGGGUAUGGAGAGUUUAAUCAGCCACAGAGGGAGCAUGCAGAGCUCAGCUGUGCUCUCAUAUGGAAUUCCCUCUUUAUGAUCACAGGCAAAGAUGAAAAUUUGUUUGGGAUUGUAGGACUUGACACAGUAUUCUUGUGUAUUUAAUGUGAUCACAUGCUCAUAUGAUCUGUUCCUUUAGGAUAUAUUUGUUUCCAUUUCCGGUAGGAAGAACGGCUGCAGGGAGCCCUGAAAAAGCAUGAGUGAGACACAGCUUUUGAAUGGUUAACUCCCACCCUCCCUUCCUCUUUCCAGCUCUCCUUUUGAUCCCCAUUCCUCUGCUCUUGUAUUCAACGUCACAUUGUGGCUUCAGCCAAUCACUUCCACUGUCCAGCCCCUUCACUGCUUCUUUACUCCACCCCCUGCCUUUGGCACAUUAUAUACCCACACGCAGUUCAGCUGGGAGAGUGUUCAACAUGCUGCUGGUGAUUCACAGUGCAGACUAUUGUAAGACAGCAGAGAAAGAGAGGAUGACUGCGCAGGGACUUCGGACCUUUUUUUGCUGGUCAUGUUCAUCUUGCACAUAGUUUCACAUUGCCCUGUUUGGAUCUAGGCUUCAUCUCUUCUCAAACCAGUACUGGAUUUGGAGUACAGUAGAGGAAGUUUCCACCUGGCCUCCAACAGACUCACUGGCUUUUAAUUUUUAAGAUGGGCUGUACCACGGGGCACCUGGCAUGCCAGCCCCAGCCUUUUUCAAGCCCCAACCAGGAGGGACAGAUUCAGGAGGGGGCAGCCAAAGUCCCUGAGGUCCUGUCCUCUUUAGAGAGGCUUUCUCAGGCCACAGGGGGCAUGGAGAAAUCCUGGUAUCGCUGCAUCUUUCCCUUCGGAAUCAUCUCACUGGUGAUUGGUAUAGCUGGCACAGGCGUGACCUGCACCUACAAUGACCUCCCUCAGACCAAGGUGGUGUCAGUCGUCUUGCUGAUUGCUGGGCUCGUCCUGGUGGUAAUGGCUACUGCCUGUUGGACAGUACAUAAGAAGAAACGCAGGAAAAAGAAAGAGGGAGGCCCCUUUACCACUGAACAGUGUCCCCUGUGAGGAGAGACUAGAAGGAGGAAGACACUUUUGAAUGAACACGGGGAGUUGUGAUGCCACCUUUGUUUAGCAUUUCUUUUUGCCAAACUUCAAUCCAUGUGUUCACUCAGGUAGCAGCAGUGUGAACAUGCAAAUAGGACAGAUGGACAGUGUAUUCAGGACACCCCUAGGGAGCAACAGAACCCACUGGACAAGUAUGAGGGUUCAUACAGAUGGUUUACUGCCACUCAGCAAGUGUCUAGUGUCAAAACAACUCCAGAGCCACAUGCACAUUUGAGACACUUAACGCUUGGACCGUAAUACCAAGCCACUGCUGGAGUCAGUGCUGCCGUCAACACAGCCGUCAGUCCCCCGCAUUCCUGCUCUUGGGGCCAAAUGGCUCCCCAAGGCUAGCAAAGAAGUGAUCCAGAGAGGGCAACCAGACACCGCGACGAAAAGCAGAAGUGCAACCCCGUAAUCGUCGCACGUCAUUCUCCUGUCCUGUGACACUACAGCAAUGUGUGAGCUUUUUUACGCAAUGGGAGAGUGGAACCUGAGCUGAGCCUCAGCUAGUCCUUACUGGCGAGAGAGGGCAUGAGCAGGAAACGCUGCCUGUGUGUGUGCGUGCCUGUGUGUGUGUGUGUGUGCUGCAGGAAGAUGGAGAACAGCAAGCAUGGUGCAUGGUAUUCCACUUCAUUCUCUGUCUGAGUUUUCCGAUGUCAGGCCGGGUGCAGUGUUAGCAUAUAGAGCAAUGACCAUGUUCCUGGAAGCCUACCUUCUUACCUAAUUCGGUUCCUGUCUGCAAUCAAUAGAGCUGAUCUGGCUAGGCAAGUAGAUUGAUUACCUCUAGCACAUGUGUUGAGUUAGAGGUGGAACUGAAUUCUAUAGGAAGGUGUGCUCCUAGGACCACCAGAAGCAGUUUAGGUGAGGUUUAAUCUAGAGGAUUUUUAGCAUUCACUGUAACUAUGUGCCUCUGAUCAUUCUCAGGCCCUUGCAAAGCAGCAUUUGAGGAAAAUAUACACGGAAAAGGUUUAAAUAUCAAACCAAAGCCCUUUUGUUUUGGGCUAGUUGGUGAAAAGGAAAUCUUGUCUUCAGAGAUAAGACUUCAUUUCCCUGCUUCACAGAGAAUGAUAUUACUGAAGGAGAAAAAACACAAGAGGACACCAGAUGUCAACACUCACAUUUAGAGUUUACUUCACUCCUGUGCCUUGAGCAAGUGGGACUCAAGUGACGUACAAUACCUUCUCAACACAGUUCUCUUUGGCCUUUGCUCUUCAUAAACCCAUUGGCCAACAUCAGCUUUUCCAUUCAACCAAAUCCCGAAUCUCAUGUCAUUUCUGGCUUAAGGAGUUACUUCAGCUCCCACUCCACUACCACUCCUUUCAUUCCCAGCUCAUAAACCCCAUUGCUCCAGUUCCAUAAACUGCCAUCGUUCCAGCAUUUCACAUCCAUCCCCAUGGCGGAAAUAGCAAUCAUUACACCGUGUCUGGAAUUCUUUUCAUUUGAAGAACCCAGGUUGGUAGACAAAUACCAGAUUAAUGGACUUGACAAGUUUGUCAUUAUGUUGGUUUUCCAUAGCCAUCUCUGUCUAUUGUAUUUCACAUGGAUGAAGGAAUUGGUUUGUGAAAUAUUGUGAGUGUUAUUCAACUGUUCAGCUCUGGUCGUAUACUGCGAAACCUAAUUUGUUUAUCCAUUAUGAUUGUUGGAAAAAGUGUUCAAGACAAGAAAGCUGUUCCCUUGUACUGUAAUAAAAAGUGAAUCAUUAUUAUUCAGGAUAAAACUGAUCCCAUGACUUAGUUUAUUUGAUGAUUAGAACCUCCUGGCCCAUUGCUAGAGAAAAGAUUCCAAGGAGAAAAAUGACACUAAUAAUAGCAUCAGUGAAGAGAAACAGAGCAUAGGCAGGAUAUACUUAAGAAGACAGUUAUUGAAGAAUAUCCGUUCAUCAGGCUACAGUCAGAUGUUUUAAGUUUUGUACAGUGGGAAUUCCCUUGAGUGUCUCCAUGAUACUAAUGGGGGAUUGUAGUUGCAGUCAUAAACUUUCUUUAACAUUGUCAUUUGCAGAACAAAUGUUUUUUUUUUUUUUUUUUUUUUUUUUUUUUUUAAUGUGUAUUCAAAGAAUGUCGCAAUAUCCUCACUGAAAGGUCUUUCUGUGAACUCGGAGGUUAACUGGCAAAUAAUUCCUCCCUUUGUUUUUGAAAAGGAAAGGUGUGCCUUGUAAAAGACUUUGGGGAAAACAAUAUGCUAUGAUGGUGUUUUCAACAAUACAGAAUGCUUUUGCUGUAUGCUAUAGUGCAUCUCAGUUAAUUUGGACACUGCUUAAGUGGAAAGAAUUGUAGGGACCAGGUGUGGUAGAGAGUCAUGUGUAACAGAUAACCGGGAGUUAAUAUGAGGAGAUUAUGUAGAUCAGUAAAUUACGGGGAAGUGUUUACAAAAAAACAGCUGUGGUAUGAAAUUAAGGGAUGAGUGAAGGAUAUUAAGCAGUCAUAGGUAAUGAUCUUAAAACAUAGCUUGGUGGCUGCGUAAUCAUCACUGAAAGAUUGGGGGUCUUAUAAGUAUUUGAUAUUAGUCUAACAAUCUCUUGUAUCUGUGCCAUGGGAGAUGACGUAGAGUAGCUGCCAGACAGUAAACAUGACAUGGUGAUCUUUCCUGUGUGUUAAUGGCCCUGUUCAGUGUGGAAUUAUCAGCUGUGGUGAAACGCUAUUCCACUCAGGUCAUGACUUGGCCUACAUUCUCCACAGGCAGACAAGGUGAGAUAAAAAAAGAUCGAGGGGAAUACAAAGCUGCAGAGAGCUGAGCAAUUUCAUUGAGGAAAAAACAGCGUGGAAGGAAUCUGCUGUGUGCUUGGAAUGCAGAAAGAUUAGUAGUCAGGCAUCUAUAUGUAGCUCUCCCUCUCUCUGGUUCUGUCCCUCUCUCUCUCCUUGAUAUGCAGCCACCCAUUCGUGCCCUCCACACAUCCCAGCCGUAUAUUCGUUCAUUCAGCUAUGGCUUUGCAAAUGCACUCUUGAGCUGUAUAUUCAUACUGUAGGCCAAGAUACCAAGUUGUUAAUGACUGUUUUGUUUUCAAACCCUGCUUUAGUACAAUGAGGAAAGUGAUUGUUGUGUAUGACUUGUUUAUUCUGCUGCUUGAAAAGAAAAAAAAAAGGAAAAUCUACCUCUUUUUCUCUGGGGGUAUACUUUAUUAGAUUGGCCUUUAGUGUGCCUAUGCACUGCAGAAUAUUGACCGUUACUAGCUGGAGGUGAAUAUAUGCCAAUCUGUGAUCUGUAAUGUAUUUAGCUAUGUAAAUACCACCUUAUAUAUAUUUAUAUAUUUAUACUCAUAUUUAAACACAUUUUGAAACUGUAUUAAAGAAAUGUCAGUAGAGA